AUGUCUUCACAGUCUCCAGAGUCCUAUGGCCUUGAUGCUCGUAAGCAACGACAACAGCAAGAACAAGAUGAGAAAGAAGAGCAAAAACAAGUGGCAAACAGUACAAAGAGACCGUACCCUUGGCCCGAGCCGGCCGUCAUCCAGCCCCGACUAGAAUCGUCGACGCAUGCCCGUUCGAUCAUUGGAGUUCAAUCCAUCUUGAAUCCCACCGAGGGUGACAACUCGCAGAUGGACAAACGACUUCCCCAAGAUAGCAACAACAGGAACAACAUGGAGUUGCUUCGACCUCCUACAUUACCUCCAUCUCCUCAACGGCGUAGUUCUUCAUCACCCCUUCUCGCUCCUAUCUCGAAGUCAAUCAGUGCCAAAACAUACCUUCAGCAAGGUGGAGGAUCAUCGGUCUCACCACCACAUCCGCCUCGUCGUAUUAUCACACCCGUCUCGCCCGCCCUACGCCACAGCAGUGGUAGUGGCAAUAAUAACGCUAUUACUGGCUCUGGUAUUACCGGUGCAGCAAGCAAUAGUGGUAGUGGUGCAGCAGCAGGGAAAGUCACGGUUUCUCAAUCGCCAUUCGUGCAAGAGUUAUCUGCAGGUGUCUAUAGCACGCCGGGACAUGCACGAGGAUCGUCAGGUCCUACAGUGACCUCGAUUGAGUACACGUCAACGUCGAGAUAUUCGUCACCAAAAUUGGCUGUGACAAUUCCCAGCUUAAAUCAUCCGCCGCUACAAGUAUCUCGACAUUCGACUCCAACAUUCCACAGUCAUAGCCGUCAUCCGAGUGGUGGAAUAGCCACCAACCCAAGUUCACAAGCAUCUAGCCCAAGCACACCACAUUCCACCUAUAGCUCAGUCGCUCAGUCAUCACCCUCUAUUGCAUCCGGAUUACUUCCGCCACUCGGACAGUCCACCUCGUUGGCUCCUUCGUUAGUGGACUCUGCCUCACAGUCCCCUUUUAUGGGCAUGGACCCUUUAAGUCGGACGCCGAGCCGCAUGAGUGGCCCAAGAUAUGGGGAUGAUCAUCCUGGCGUUGCCUAUCCCGGUCCAACCGACUUGCUUAGUCAAGUCGGCAAUCACGUUCAGUACGGUGGCGGUCCCAUGAUUCCAGUCACCAUAGAUUUGAAAUCUGGAUCAAGAAGCCAAGCUGAAAAACGGAAAGCCAACAGUGACGCUUCAAGACGGUUCCGCAACCGUAAGAAGAAUGAGGCUGCUUUGGAACAAAAGAUUAACCAGCUGAAUGAACAGUUGCAGUUUUUGACCGAAGAGAGGGACUUUUAUCGCUCCGAAAGAGACUUCUUCAGAGAUGCAUUGAGUCAGCACGUGGGCAUUGCACAGAUACCGUCUCGUCCCCCUUCUCCUUCUCCGUCACGCCGCUAUCCUCAGUCCACUGCUAGCCCGGGGGAUCAGCCAUCACCAGCAGAACAACAGCAGCAAGCUAUUGGAAUGGAUGGUGAGAUGAUGUCCAAGACUAUCAGCACUGGGACCGCUUCGUCUCUCGCGUCAGCCACACCGCGAAUGCUUCCUAAUCCAGUUUCCAGCUCGGAUGCCUUGUCAUACGCAUCUGCUGCUGGCCAGCAACAUCCUGAACCGUGGCAGGGCGUGAACCCUAGCGGAAACUAUCAACAUCACCCAUACCGGGACGACGUUCGGUAUAUGCCUAAUAUGAGGUGACCUUGAAAUGCAGCCCCUUUACACUGAAGAUCACGGCCUCUUUCUAUUCUUUCUGAUUCUCUCUGUGUAUACUUUCUCUAUUUCCUAAUCCCAUUUCGGGCCAUAUCAUAUUCUUUCGAUCCGUUCUCUAUAGCAUUUUCAGGCGUCCUGGUCCUCAUUCGUUCCAUCAUAUGUGAUAACUAUCCGUCAUUUGAUCGGUGCAGAGCAGCGUCCUUUGUUCAAAUUGGGAAUCAUAUACCCUGUAUCUGGUAUUCUUGUCUUUACGUUGAUCUGUCCCACAUAUGAUAUCAUACACAUAGGUACCUACCAAUCUACAUAA